UAUUUCCCCCACUAGGCGUCUCCCGCUUUCCAGGAAAUGCCGAGCCUGCCCUAUGCGCACCUGCUAAAUACUGCUUUACUCUUGUAUUUGAAGCAAGAAAUAAAUAGCGUAUUCCCCACGACUCCAUAGACUGGCCUGCUUGCCUCCCCCUAAGAACCACUCGGGGACGCCAAGUACUGCCCUGUCACUACCCUCCGUGGUGGUUAGUCCAGGGAGUAGCCAGCCUAGCCCGCUGCGGGGACCUUUACAGGUUUGUGCAGCUCGCUGGCGUGUUCUGGUUGGACAACACUGGGUUUAGGAGACAUGGGCCAAGGUGAUUGGGGAGAAGGGAAAAGCGGAUGAGGGUGAUUGGUUGAGUCAAUUUCUGCUUUUCUAAGUUUGUUUUUCUGAAUGGUCAAAGCUGAGCUACAUUCUGCUUUCCUCUCAGAAAUUAUGUGGCCUGGCCGCCCAGAAAGCAGUGCUGUGUUUUCUCCUCCGUUUCCCUUCUGGCCCCUUUCUCAGCCGAGACGUCUCUAGCUCCUGCCCGAAGGGGCUCUGCCUCGGUUUUGGGGGUUUGAGUUUUGGGUUUUGGGUUUUCUUUGUACCGGGAUCUAACUGGGGACCUUGCUCUUGCAAGGCAGGCGGCCGAACUAUUGAGCUAAAUCCCUGGCCCUUUUUUGUUUUUUGAGAUAAGAAUCUUGCUACGCAGUUCAGGCUGAUAGCAAACUCUUGGAGAUCCUCCUGCCUCAACCUCCUGAGUGUUGGGAUGACAGGCAUGUGCUCGGCCUCUGCCUCUGUUUUGUGCCUUGCGCCUCCUGCUGCCCCGGAACCCCAGAACCCAGCCUGUGCUCCCAUUCGGGGCUCCGUCCCCUGGGGGAGGCCCCUGAGGCGGGUCCCCGCCCUUCCCCCCUCUGUGACGUGAGCGGCGCCUGUGCGUGCUCCUGUCCGCGCUCGCUCGGCCCCUCACUCGGCCGUUAGAGGCCCUGAUCUCUGGGGACAUGGGACAGCCAUUGGCAGGCUCCUUUAUGUCACUGCUGAGGGUCCUGCUCCUGCCUCUGGGAGCCCUUCUCGCGCAGGAGUCACCCUCGGCCCCGACUCCGGGCAGCUCCCUCUCCCCCACCGAGUACGAGUGCUUCUUCGCUCUGCUGACCCCCAUCUGGAAGGCGGAGACUACCUGCCUGCUGCGCGCACACGGCUGCUGGAACCCCACCGUCGUCCAGCUGGACCAGUACGAGAACCACGGCCUGGUGGACCACGGCCUGGUUCCCGAAGGCGCCCUCUGCUCCGACCUCCCCUAGGCCUCCUGGUUCGAGUCCUUCUGCCAGUUCACUCAGUAUCGCUGCUCCAACCACGUCUACUACCUGCAGAGGGUCAGGUGCUCCCAGCCCUUCUCCAUCCUGUCAGUGGACAAUUUCAAGGAGCUGGAGUCUGUGGCAGAGGGCCCCCACGCCUCGGUGCCCUCACCCGCCACACCCAACGCCAAAGCCACAGAGUGGCAGGCAUUCCAGGCCUGGCCCGAGGGGCUUAACAGCAACGUGGAGGAGCUGCUGCAGUCCUCCUUGUCGAUAGGAGGCCAGGAGCAAGCGGCCAGCAAGCAGGAAGAAGCUCAGGAGCAGCACAAGAAGGAGCCAACACAGGAGCACAAGCAGGAGGAAGGAAAGGAGCAGGAGGAACAGGAGGAGGAGCAAGAGGAGGAGGGAAAGCAGGAAGAGGCCGGGGUGGAGGAGAGCUUGGGCACAGUGGCCAGCCUGCACGUGGGCUCCGAGCCCCAGCCCCAGCUCAAGUCUUUGUCUUCUGGUCCUCGCUCCUUCGCUGCCCGGGUCCGAGAGGUGGGCUCAGCUCCUCUGAUGAUAGAGAACAUCCAGGAGCUCAUCUGCGAGGCCCAGGAAAUGGAGGAAAUGUAUGAUGAGGACACCUACUGGAGGAGCCAGAACCACAGCAGCCUCCUGCAGCUGCCUCACAAGGAGGCCCUGCUGGUGCUGUCCUAUUCCAUUGUGAUGAACAGCUGCAUCCUCACCCCCACGGCCAAGGCCUGGAGGCACCUGGAGGAGGAGACCUUUGGCUUCGGGAAGUUGGUCUGUGACAACCUUGGACGGCGACACAUGGGUCUCUGUCCCCUGUGUGCCUUCUGCUCUCUGAAGCUGGAGCAGUGCCACUCGGAGGCCAACCUGCAGUGGCAGCAGUGUGACACGUCCCACAAGACACCCUUCAUCAGCUCCCUGCUCACGGCCCAGACCAUGUCCAUGGGCACCCAGGUGGAGACCUCGGAAUCAGACUGCUUUUAUGGGUUGGAUCUGUAUGGCAGGCUCCACAUGGACUUCUGGUGUGCCCGGCUGGCCACAAAGGGCUGUGAAGACAUCCGGGUCUCCAGCUGGCUCCAGACUGAGUUCCUCAGCUUCCACAAUGGGGAUUUCCCCACCAAGGUUUUUGACAUGGACUAUAUCCAGUACCCAAACUACUGUUCCUUCAAAAGCCAGCAAUGCCUGAUGAAAAACCGGAACCAGAAGGUGUCCCGCCUGAGAUGCAUGCAGAACGAAACCUACAACGUGCUGAGCCCAAGCAAAGGCGAGGACCUCAUGCUUCAAUGGAGCCAGGAGUUCAGCACGUUGGCUCCAAGCCACUUCAGAUGAGCUGGGUCCAUCCUAUCUCCACCCUGCCUGGCCUUUCCAUGAUCUUCGUCCCUCUCUUUGAAACCUCACCUGUCACUUGCUUCUGGGCUGCCCCCCGCCCCCUGUCUUUUCUAGCUCACAUGCUCCUUGGGGUGGGGCAGCAGUGCCACGGCUCCCUGAGGGGAGCUCACUUGCCUUCAUGUCUUUACAUAAAGUGAUGAUUUUUUGCUGUG